AGCAUUUGAUUUGGUCUAAUAAACAGCAGCCUAGUGCAAUCCGAGGAUAUAGCAACACCGAGGAUUACUGUGAGAUAGUGCCAAGUGCUAAAGUGAGUGCGUUGUGAACGAAAAAGCCGUGAAACCGCAUCCGCAUCUAGUAUCCAUUACCCAUACGCACCGUUGACCCGUGAUUGUGCAGCCAUGAAAGCCUUCAUCCUAAUGUCCUGUCUGGCGCUGGCCGCCGCUCGUCCUGAAGCGGGCUACAACUACAACCGUCCUGGUGGCGGCGGUGGCUCCGGAGGUGGCUCCCAUGGCGGUGGUCUGGGCGGUGGCCUCGGCGGUGGCUUGGGCGGUGGAUUCGGCGGUGGUUCCAGCGGAGGAUUUGGUGGUGGAUCCAGUGGAGGAUUCGGCGGUGGUGGCUUCGGCGGUAGCAGCGGCGGCGGAUUCAGCAGCGGCGGAGGCGGUGGCUUCAGCAGCGGUGGAGGUGGCGGAGGCGGCGGUGGAUUCGGCGGUGGUUUCGGAGGCGGCUCCGGCGGCGGCUUCGGAGGAGGCGGCAGCAUUGGUGGUUUCGGAGGCGGCGGCGGCGGUGGUGGCACCACCUUGGUGCAGAAGCACAUCUACGUCCAUGUGCCACCACCAGAGCAGGAAGAGGUGCGCCAGCGCCCUAACCUGCCAGUUGGCCAGUCCCAGAAGCACUACAAGAUCAUCUUCAUCAAGGCCCCAUCCCCACCCUCGUACCAGGCUCCGGUCAUUCCUCUGCAGCCUCAGAACGAAGAGAAGACUUUGGUCUACGUGCUGGUGAAGAAGCCCGAGGAUCAGCAGGACAUUGUCAUCCCGACACCCGCACCCACGCAGCCCUCGAAGCCCGAGGUGUACUUCAUCAAGUACAAGACCCAGAAGGAUUCCAGCGGCAUUUCUGGAGGAAUCUCUGGCUCAACUGGUGGCUUUUCUCAGGGCAACGCCGGCAACGGUUACACUACUGGCGGCGAUGCUGGCUUCACUGGUGGCGACAGCGGCUCCAUUUCGGCUCCAUCCAGCAACUACGGACCCCCUGGAAAGUCCGGCCCCUACUAAAGUGAUCCUCAAGCCCAUCGAUAACUCAAAAUUGCGAACUUCGAACUCGGCCCAAGCUGCUGACUAGUCCUGUCGUUGACACGCCCCCAUAUUCUCACCUGAGAACUACAUCAUCCACAUUCACAUUAACCCACAAAAGAUCUUCGACCACCAUGUGUCCCUGAAUUAUCUCAGACCUACAUAUCUUCUUUUAAAAGGGGGCGGCGCUUUCGCCCACGACUUUUGUAAAUAAUACUUUUCCAUCUUUCAUUUUCUACUCACUCUUUUGACCUAUCCAUCUUUCGCAUUUGUAAAUUUCCAUCUUUAACUGAAUUAGAGUCUAACCUUCAGCCCUGCCUGGAAAAUUCUAUUAGCUAAUAGGUGACAAGGGCGGGUUCCUUGGAUGGGAACCUCCCUUGGCGCCCGGAAGAGCGAAUGAUGAUGAUGUUGAUUUGUAGCAGAAGAAGAUGAUUUAGCGGGGCUCGAUAUGCUCCAUACAUAUAAAUAUAUAUUUUAAUUAUACUAGGCUUAAGUACUUUAUGCACAAAUAAAAAAAACAACGGUGACAAAAUUACA